GCUUAAUUACAAUUACAAAUAGCGUUGAUCGAUUACGCGAAAGCCACAGAGAAGAGAAAGAAGAGAACCCACCUGACGAACACUCCGUUUUACGUGUCCGUACCAGAGUCUUUAUCGAUGAUGCUCACUCGGCAGUGAUCGACUCCGAUCUCUUCAACUUCUCCAAUUUCUUUGUUUUUGUUUUCAGUGAAUCAAUGGCUUCCAUCUCUACCAGCCCUCGCUCCGUUGAAGACAUCUUCAAGGAUUACAGCGCUCGACGCGCUGGCCUCGUUCGCGCCCUCACCUACGACGUCGAUGAGUUUUACUCGCUUUGCGAUCCUGAGAAGGAGAACUUAUGUUUGUACGGACACUCCAAUGAGUCUUGGGAGGUUACACUGCCUGCCGAGGAAGUUCCAUCCGAGCUCCCUGAGCCAGCGUUGGGGAUCAAUUUUGCAAGAGAUGGGAUGAAGCGCAGAGACUGGCUCUCCUUGGUGGCUGUGCACAGCGAUUGUUGGUUACUUUCUGUGGCGUUUUACUUUGGUGCUCGACUCAACCGCAAUGAGCGGAAGCGACUAUUUAGCCUGAUAAAUGAUCUACCCACUCUAUUUGAAGUUGCGUCUGGAAGGAAAGCUGUUAAAGACAAACCCAGCAUGGAUAGUGGAAGUAAAUCCAGAAACAGCACAAAGAGGUCAAUCGAUGGAUCAAUCCGAAGCAGCAAUCUGAAGUUACUUGAUGAGAGUUAUGGAGAGGACGAGGAUGAGCACGGUGAUACUCUCUGUGGGAGCUGUGGAGGGAACUACAACGCAGAUGAGUUUUGGAUUGGAUGUGACAUCUGUGAGAGGUGGUUCCACGGAAAAUGUGUGAGGAUAACACCUGCCAAGGCAGAAAACAUCAAGCAGUACAAAUGCCCCUCUUGCAGCACAAAGCGCGGAAGACCGUAGCAUGUAGCAUGCCAGAACACCGUAAUGUAAAGCGUUUUGUGGGAGUUAACCUUUAUGUGUUGGGCAAACUCUUGUGGUAAAGACCAAAAGAAGUGAAGGAAGGUACAUGUUAGGGAUUUUUUACUUUUGGGGGGUUAUAGGAAACUCUAACGGAUAAUUAAGCAUGAGUUGAAGCUAGUUUUCUUUUCGCCUUUUAUUCAUACAUGUUCGUCGUAUAGCUCAGUGUCUAAGGAUUGAUCUCGUCUUCCUUAUAAUGAUAUGAAAAUGAUCCUUCAUGCUAAGGCUUUACUUGUGGGGGGCUUUGGGGCAUCAUUAUUAU